CUUUAACACUCUACUUACGAUAUUGUUUAUAUAGGUUUUGGCUAAUGUACAUUCUUGCUCAAUUUAAACUCAACAAAUACCAGCAGUAGCACAAGUUUUGUGUUAGUUUAACAAAUACAUUGCAAAUACAAAGAAAAGAAGUGGCAAUAAAGAAAGUGUUCAUUUUUUAAAUAACGCAAACUUUAGUUUUCAGACAAACGGUGUGUGUUUCAACUAGAUAUUUCGGUAGGAUAUGAAGGUUUUGUCCGUUUAGAAUAGAUGUAAAGUGCACCAAACAUCAUGAGCCAUCGUCAACCGGAAAGAUACGAGCCCAAACCAGUGCGAGAGCCAUAUGUGGCUCCGAAGUUUGACUAUCAUACAGAUGGAAGGUUCCACAACAGUUACCCGUCUGUUCCCGUGCAGACCCCCAACACACGACAGCGGUAUGACAGCAGACAGUUAAACAGCAACUACUACUUUCAAGACAAGGAAGACCAGAGCCCACGAGCUUAUGACACCCACAAGGGUUACCUAGUGAUGAUGCGGGUGGCACCCCGUAGUCUGGCAGAAGUCGUGAAUGCUGUGCAGGGUAGUGUCAGCUCCAUAACCGCCUCUAACGGCUACUGCGUGGGAUUCGCAGAACCAUACAAGGAACACGGGCACCAGCACCCACACCAGCACCACACGAGGGAAGAUCUCGGAAAGGUGAAGGUGUUGCGACCCAGUUAUUCCUACCACAACGAUGCCUGGUGGGAUCCCAGAGACGACAGGCACCAGGCGAGGUACGCGGUGGUGGUGUUCUGGUUUAAAGACGCCUCCUCUGCAAGAAUGUGCUUUGAAAGUGUCGGUCGGUUUAAGCAGCCAGACUUUCCCGAUUCGAACCCGCUUCAAAUAGUGGCGAUUCCUCUAACGUAUGGAAGAAAUAGAGACGCGGCACCAUUUAGUCCCGAAAGCGAUCACCUGACCCUGUUCUGGACCGAGUUUCCGUCCAUUCACGAAGGAGAACUGUACGAUUUCAUGAAGCACUACUCUGAACCGGCAAAGAAACUUAUGCAGGAGUACGGAGGGAACCCUUACAUCGCCGUCUGCCAGUACGAGGCUGGUUGGGGUCCCGACCUCAACAAGUUCGGUUCCCCUGGUUACGCACGGUAUGAGGUGGAACAAAGACGGGUUGGUCGACCAAUCAAAAACGCCUGGCUCAAUCCGCGCACGAUCAUCGCCGUCAGCUCGUUUCCAGACAUGGAGGCGUUGGAUGCCUUCUACAACGACCCGCGGCAUAAAGACCUUCUAGGGGCCCUGGGGCAUUUUGCUGAGCCGGUCAUGAUCGGGGUAACCCUUGUCAGGAUCAGAGGAACCAGCCGGGUGUAGGCUUCCUGGGAUUAGUGCAGAUUUAUUAAGACUGUUUCAAUCAGUAUUUCUAUCAGUGAUAAGUCUUGUUCAUAUAACUACUUUGUUAAAAUCUUUUGAUACCACACCAUAUGAGAGAACUGGAUGUUUUACUUUCAGCACUUGAUGUAUCCAAUGUAAAGAGUGUGAAUUUGAGAUGCCUGUUGACCUAUUAUUACUUUGGCAUCAUUUAAAGGGUUUAUGAGGUUGAGGAUUUUGUAAAAACACACUGAAAAAUAAUAUUACAUACAAGAUGUUUAGGCCUUGAGAAACCCCAACAUGGGAUUUUUCACAGCGAGGUUAAGUUAAAAUACAGACCAAAAAUAUAAACGGCAAUUAUUUGAUUUAUGAUUAUUUUCUGUUCAUUCAGUUUAAAUAUAUAAAUCGGCAAGAAAAAAACUUUCAAAUUAUGACACAGUUUACAUGAGGUCGCUAGGAAUUAUCGUGUUUGCUUUUGGACUUUUGGACAAAUAUUGUGUUCGACAACAGAAAAAGGAUUUUGGAAAGUCAUUUGUAUAAAUGAAAUUGGAAGAGUUCGUGCAUAUACAAACAAUAAACGCUGUGUGUGUUUUAGUCGUCGAAACAGGAAAUUCAACGUUGUAAAACUACAGUGGAACCCCGUUGGCUCGAUCUCCAAGGGACAUGCAAACAUACCUCGAGCCUCGGGAAAUUCGAGCCAAGCGGAACUGAUCCUCUUCAGUAGAAUGAAAUCGGCCCUUUACAACCUGUUCGAGCCGACGAGGAUAUCGAGCCAACGAGGAAAUCGAGCCAAGCGAGUUCGAAACAACGGGGUUGAACUGUAUGCGUAAAUAUGCGUGUGUGUUUUUCUAUAUUUAUUUCAAGGUGUAUCAAUAUUGUAUGUGUGCAUUAUUUUCCAAUUUAGAUAUUAUUUUCAUGUCUAAUAACCAUAAUCAUUAUUGUGCAGUAAAUUAAUAAUGAUACUAGUACUUUAUCAACCGGUUUCAAUCCAAAAUACGCAGACCCCUCUUAACGUGUAAAAUAUUUCAAUUGGAAAUAUUAUUAAAAUUUGUAUCAUAGACAAAAAGUUGUAUGUGUAUGUUUGUUUAUACCAUAAUAUAAAUACAACUUAUUGGUUUUA